AUGAGCUUUAUAGAAAAAAUAGAAUAUGAAAUUGAAAAAUAUUUCCACUCAAGUGGUGUAAAAGAAGGAUUCGAAACUCUUUAAAAUGAUUUUAAAUAAUAUACUCUUGAGAAAAAUACCUAAUUCUAAGAUAUUAGGAAACACUUAGAGACUCUUUAAUAAGAGAGCUUAUAAACAGAAAUUAAGAUAGUCACUGAGAAUUAAAUAAAAGAUGCUUGCUUUCUGUAUAUAGAUGGAAUUAGCCUUAUAGGAGUAGUGAGUAAAAAUUAAAUUUAUGUCUUCUAUUCAAGUGAUUCAGCUUCUUCAAACAUAAAUUUAAUGUCUUAGCAUACUAUUUAAUUUAACAUAAGCGAUAAUCCCUAUUAGUACUAAAGUUAUCCAAAGAGCAAGUAAAAAAUAGUUAAUUUCGUUAAAGGCUACAGAGAAAGCGUAUUUCCUAAAACAGAAGAGGAUUUAUAUUCUUGCGAUUUCUUCGAUUUGCAUUUAGAAAAAAAUAUUUACACUGGAGUUAUUGCAGGAGGGAUGACAGGUUUCAUACACUUUGUUGACAUUUAAAGUUCUACCAAUUAAAUUUGCUUUUAGGUGCAUGGAGAUACAAUUUUUGAUAUCAAAUGCUUAAAUAGAAAUUAGUCAUGCUAAGAUUACAAAAAUAUAGUUGUUAGUGCAAGUAAAGAUGGUUCAAUUUUUCUUUCUCAUUUGGCUAAAUAAGAAAAACUUAUUUAGCUUAAAGAUUUUUUAUCUACUUCUCCUAUGUCACAAUUUACGUGCAUUGACAUUGACUUAGCUUGCGAAAAUAUAUUUUCCGCUUGUGGAGAUGGAACAAUUUAAGUUUGGCAGCUAUCAGAAUAAAUAAAGAAAAUUUUGCUUCUAAAAACUCCUGUGAAUAACUUUGUAAAGAUUGAAAAAUCUCAAUACAAUUACUAGGUAUAAGCUUAAGAAGAUAUUAUGCAUACAGUUCAGGUCACUUAGUGUAGUUUUUAUGGAAAGUAUUUACUUUAUCUUAAUAGCUAAGGAUAUAUUACUCUCGGAACAUUUAUUGAACCAUAUGUUUACAAAGCUUAGUAUCGCAUGAGGAAGUUCGACAAAGACAACACUGGUAAAAAUCUGAAGUUUUUUCAAAUUACUAAUUUUGAUUUAGGCUCGAAAGUAGAAAACUAUAACAAAGUCAUGCAUGUAGACUAAAAAAAUGGUCUUGUAUGGAUAGGAAAACAAUAGUCAAUUUUUUGCUUUGACUUAAAAGAUAGAAGGAACUCCGAAAUCGAUUACAAUUAUAGCAAGCCUUUGAUUGCUUACAAUACUUUUAUCAAGGCUAACAUUUAGAAGAUAUUUUUUAAUGAAAAUUACUCAGUUCUGUAUAUUCUUACUGAUGCAAAAUAGCUAAUUAAAUUCUCAUUUAUACCUAAUAAGUGA